UGGAACUUCGGAUCUUUCGCUUGCACGCAUGAUGCUGCACUUCUUACACUAUUUUCAACUUAUAAAAUAUAUAUCACAAAAGCUAUCGAAGCAAACGGACGCUGUUUUUGUUGUUUCCAAAUUGUUGUAGUGGCAAGGACAGAAUAAAUUAAAAUUACACCGUAACAAAUUCGUGCAAAAAUAGCAAGUGUCACAGUGUUAAGAAGUCGCAAUGGGUGUACCAAAGUUUUUUCGUUAUAUUAGCGAGCGAUAUCCGUGCCUCAGCGAAUUGGCGCGUGAGCACAGCAUACCCGAAUUUGAUAACCUGUAUCUGGAUAUGAAUGGCAUUGUGCACAAUUGUUCGCAUCCCGAUGACAGCAAUAUACACUUCCACCUGGAAGAGUCGCAAAUAUUUCAGGAUAUUUUCAACUAUAUUGACAAGUUGUUUUACCUGAUUAAGCCACAGAAGCUCUUCUUUCUGGCUGUUGAUGGUGUGGCACCGCGUGCCAAGAUGAAUCAGCAGAGGAGUCGCCGCUUUCGUUCGGCACGCGAGGCUGAGCAGACGGAGGCGAAGGCGUUGCAACGUGGCGAGAAACGUGAGCAUGAACGCUUUGAUAGCAAUUGCAUAACUCCAGGGACAGAGUUUAUGGAUCGCCUGCAGCGUGGACUCCGUAACUUUUUGCGCAUGAAAAUCUCGUCGGAUCCGUUAUGGCAAAAGUGUCGUGUCAUACUCAGCGGCCAAGAGACGCCCGGCGAGGGUGAGCACAAGAUCAUGGACUACAUACGCUUCAUGAAGGCGCAGCCCAAAUUUGAUCCUAAUACGCGUCACUGCCUUUAUGGUCUCGAUGCGGAUCUCAUUAUACUGGGCCUGUGCACGCAUGAGCUGCAUUUUGUGGUGCUGCGCGAGGAGGUGAAAUUUGGGAAAAAUGUUAAGCGUACCGCUGUCGAAGAGACUCGGUUCUUUUUGCUGCAUUUGGGAUUGCUGCGCGAGUAUCUGGAGCUGGAGUUUAAUGAAUUGUCCACGCCUGAACAACCACUGGAUGUAGCGCAGCUAAUUGAUGAUUGGGUGCUGAUGGGCUUUAUGGUGGGCAAUGAUUUCAUACCGCAUUUGCCGUGCCUGCACAUAUCCUCCAAUGCGCUGCCGUUGCUCUACAAGACCUACAUCAAGAUCUUUCAUAAGUUGGGCGGCAAUAUUAAUGAGCACGGCAAGCUGAAUUUGACGCGCCUGGAGCUGUUUAUGAACGCUCUCAGCGAUGUGGAGCUGGAGCUAUUCGAAGAGCACUUCGAUGAUCUCAAGUACAUGAAUGCUAAGACUGAAGCAUUUGAUGUGGAUGUUAGCGAAUUGCUCACGCCCAAUGUCAAUGAUGAUCUAUCUGCCCUAAUUGAUGAAACCGCCAAGCUCUAUGAUAGUGACAGCGAGGAGGAACUAACCGCGGAGGGUGCGCUCAAGCGAGAGUUUGAAAACUAUAAGCGCAACUAUUAUCGCAACAAGUUCAAGUCAGAGCUCCAUGAGGACUUAAAAUCGGAGCUGGCUUAUCAUUAUGUUACCGCUGUACAAUGGGUGCUCGACUAUUAUUAUCGUGGCGUGCAGAGCUGGGAUUGGUAUUAUCCCUUUCACUAUUCACCGUUUAUAAGCGAUUUGACACAGAUAAAAGAUAUAAAAGUCAACUUUCAGCUGGGCAAACCCUUCCUACCAUUCCAACAGCUGUUGGCUGUGCUGCCUGCCGCAAGUUGCAAGCUGUUGCCUGAGGCCUAUCAUGAGCUCAUGUUGAAUGCCCAGAGCCCGUUGGCGGAGUUUUAUCCCCAGGAUUUUGAGAGUGAUCUUAAUGGCAAGAAGCACGACUGGGAGGCGGUGGUCCUGAUCCCCUUUAUCGAUGAACGCCGACUACUGGACGCGAUGAAAACUUGUGAAACGUUGCUAAGCUCUGCGGAGCGGGCACGUAAUCGGCAUGGACCCAUGUUCCAAUAUGAUUAUUCGGCGCUAUCGCAAGGUAGUUUGCCGGCGUUGGCACCGUUGAAGGCAUUGCAGCAUGUGUUUUGCACGGAGAUGGAGCGUUGGGCCAAAGAAAUCGCCCUCAAUUUACCGUUUAGCGUGUGCAUGGAGCUGCCAAAUGCGGCGCGUCAUGUGUUCUUUCCGGGCUUUCCCACCAUGAAGCAUUUGGCGUUCGAUUAUGAGCUGCGCCAUGGUCGCAUCAGGGUAUUCGAGCAGCCUAGUCGCAAUCUGAGCAUGGUGCUGCUGCCCAAGAAGCGUGCACUGCCGGAUACACUCACUGCGGUGGCGUCUCAGUAUCUGGAGCAAGUGGUGCACAUUGGAUGGCCACAUCUAAUCAAGGCCAAGGUGGAGAGCGUCGCCACACGCUCGCAAAUUGUUAGCAAAGAGGGCAUCGUCAACAAUGAGUCGCGUCACUUUGAAAUGGAUUGCAAAUCGCUGGACGAACACUUUACUGGCCGCAUGGGCAUUAAAUUUCACAACUAUGAUGUGUUGCUCUACAUUCGCACCUACGCCGGCAGCUCGGUGGAGUUCGGACAACGUGGUGAUGUGUAUAUGAAGGACGCUUGGAGCACAGCAGUUACGGCAUACCCGGCACAGGGCGUUGUGUCUGAUAUCGAUGUGCGUGAUAAUAUGCGUCAGCACUUUAGCAAAAUCGAGGAGCUCUUCCCCGUGGGCAGCACCAUUUUCUUCAUUGGCACUCCCUACUUUGGCAGCGAAGGCACAGUGCUCGAUCCGCAGCUGGUCUAUAGCUGUGGACGCAUACAGAUUUCCAUCAAAGUGGGGGCAGAGCCGGACUUAGAAGCUGCACGUAUACUGCAGCAGCAGCGCGAUCGGGAAUAUAUGAACUCGUACGAUGUCUGCCGCCAGCUGGACAUCAACAACAAGUGUCUGGGACGUCUAACAGGCACCGUUUGGGUGGUGCUAGGACCACGUCGGGAGAGAAUGGAAAAUGUAGCCAAGCAUAACAUAGGCCUGCAGCUCAAAUAUCCCAGACUAAAUGAGGAACGUGCCGGCUAUUGUCGUCGCAUCAACAAUCAAUGGUACUACUCAGCCAUAGCUGUGAAUCUCAUGUUCGAGUAUUGCGAAAAUUUCCCGGAAGUGAUCAACAAUUUUGCAACAAGUAAUGAUCGCGGCGACUAUAUCUACGAGGAGGAUAUUUACCCAAAUGAAGUUGGCCAGCAACGUAUUGAGAAUCUGUCCAAUUGGGUGCGUCAACAGCCGCAUAUGAAAGUCGAUCGCAUUACCUGCGGCUCACGCACUGUUUGCAAGGAUACUGUGGAGCUGCUGCUCACAGCCACCGAUGAGCUGCGUAACAAACCGGUCAAGAAUGUUAAGCUCCAGGUGAAACCGCAUUUGUUGAUCAAACCCAAUGUGACGCUGCCCGAAGUUUACAAAUCACCCGAUCCGAUACGUCUCUUUGAUCGUGUCGUGGUGGUGCGCACUAUUUAUAUGGUGCCCGUGGGUGUCACUGGCACUGUGAUUGGCGUGCAUCCGGUUAGUGAUCCCAACCCGGUGCGCCUCGAGUGUCUGAAUGCCGUGGAGACUUUCUGUGAGAUUCUGUUUGACAAAUGUGUUUCCAAUUGUGGCGAUAUACAUGGCAUUGCCGAGGAGCGUGUCUACAAAGUGCCAGAGAGCGCACUUGCCGUUAUCGAAUCGAAUGAGGAAACGGAUAAGACGAGACAAACACCAAAUGCUUCUGGACGACAGUCCCAGUCACAGUCCUCGUCGCAGUCUGGCUAUUCCACGCGCCGCGACCGACGCGAACAGCAACAAUCACGUUAUAUGACUGCCGCUGGUUCCAGAUACAAUCCUAUUACAAUGAAGACCUGCAUUGCGGAUGAGUUUGUACAGCCGGAUGCAGACAAGGCGGCUACAUCUAAGCCGAAAAUGCAGCCGCAGCCGAGGCCGCAACAGCAGCCGCAGCAAAAAUGGCGACAAUAUGAUCAGCCAAUGCGACGACAAGAGGAGCAGCCUCGACGACAAGAGCAACAGCCUCGACAACAAGAGCAACAGCCACGACGACAAGAGCAGCCACGACAGGUAAUAGUGCCUGCGAUGACGCCAAAGCAAGUCGCGCCACCAGCAACAGCCGUAGCCGCAGAUACUCCGCAGGCACAGACCUUGGCCUUGCAGCAGCUCCUGGGCUUGAGUCAGCCUAAGCUAGCGGUAUCUCAAAACACCGAUCCACAGUUACAUCAACAAGCAAUGCUAGCAGCGGCCAUUGCAAAUGUGCCGUCCAUGAUAAAUUCCCCGUUGCCUAGUCAAAUGCCAAAACUGCCCCAGCCGCCGCCUAGCUGGCGUGAUGAGGCUAAGCAGCAUCAAGCCAAAAUGCAGCAGCAGAAGCAGGAGAAGCAGCAGCGGAAGCCGCAACAUAAGCAACAUCAGGAGCAGCAGCAGAAUCCCAACUACAGCAACAGCAACAACAAUCGACAACAGCAAUAUGAGCCAAGCGCACAACGCAACAGCGGCGGCGCCAGCACAAGCAGCCAUACAACAACCAUACAGGACUUUGUGCCCACCCAGGCCUAUCGACCCAAGAAGUCGCAGCAGCGAAACGCUCAGCCAAAUGCUCAAAUGGAGUCAGUUAAGGUACAGCACAAGUUGGAGGUCAAGCUGCCGCCGGCGACUGCAACAGCAGUACCAGCUGCAACUUUAAGCAGCGAUGCGGCCAGCUGCGAGCUAAUGCGUACGCUUAAAAUAACACCAACGACCAUGGCGCCCAGCACCAGUGCUGCCAAUGCAACAGCUGAAGCCGCUGGCACUAGUACACAGCAGAAGCCGACGAGGAAGCCGCGUGUGCCGCGCAUUGGAGCCAAGUUUGAUUUGGAAUACAUCUUGCCGUAA